GUUUUUUGUUCUGCUUAGUUAUUAGGUAAGCGUGAGGUUUGACACGUCUGCCUAAAAGUGUAAAAGAGAAAUAAAAAUAAAGGGAUAAACAAAGAGAUAAAGAGAGAGAGUGAGCAGGAGAAAAUGCCCUUUCAGCGUCGGAGAGUAGAGCGUGUCGAUGGAAACAAAAGCGUAAGGGAAAGACAGAUAAUCAAAAGGCAUCUAUCGACCUAAUGUGGAGCCCUUAAAAUUGCACUGAGUCAUAAAUAAGCACGCUUGCUUACCGUCUUGCUUUACCGUACUUUUAUCUAAUAAUACGACGUUCCGAUUAGCUAAUACAAUGGUCUGGUUCCUUUGCAGAGCGUAUUUGUUUGCAAAACAAUAAAACGGAGCGAUUGUAUUCUAGCAGGUCGUAAUAACGAUUAGUCUGACAUUUUGAUCCGAGUUUUAACGAUCUUCGAUUUGAUGAUCUUCGGUUCUAUAGCUCGUUUGAAGCUUAACCAGUAUGGCAAAUGACAUCUAAUCUUUAUCUUUUUCACAUAUAGGUCAAAACAUCCUAUCUCCUUAAAAUAUAUUGAGACUUCCCUAAUCGGAACCAUUUCUAAACAGCUGUUCGGUCCAACAAGUUUACUGUUUGGGUUCAAUAUUCAAAAUCUAAUCUGAAGUAGGUCGAAAAGAAGCAAACUCACAAUAAGUACGCAAACUUUAUCAUAAUGCUGAAUAAGAUAGAAUAUGACUAGUGACCAUAUCUGCGCCACAAUCAGGAGUAAAAGAUUUGAUUUCGGUUGUUGUUCUUCUUCGCCUGGGACAAUAUUUUGACAACCACGAUAAGAGCCAAACUUCUGACGGAUCGAUAAAUAGAGCUAGUCAAUAAAACACCGCUUGCUGGUAGGCGCGUCCUUAUCACGUACAAAACCUUUAUCCCAAGACACCAACAAAAAAAAACCCACCACCUACCCAAUGAAAAGAAUGCAAAGAUGCGAUCUACUACGGUCCGGGUGUUUGCAAUUUUCGACACAGUCGACCGGGAUACGUCCUCCGGUUGAGAUACACCUUGGCAGCCGUAAGAAGUCAGUCCUCGUCGGUCGAGGACGCAAUAGUGAACGAGUUGCUCGCAAAACCGAGCAGCCAUUGUGGAUGUGUGGAAGCCAAUACAUUGUAAAAGGCGGUACAUUUUGAAAAAGAAAAAAAAGAACAUAAGCAGGGUAGGGUGCCAUAUUACGGCAUCACAGGCAGGUUUAUCUUGCACUAAUUGGUACAGGAGUACCAUCAUCAGCUGAUCAGAACGACCGAAGAAAAGUGAACAGACCAAGAAAAGUGAACAGAGAUGAAGUCGGAAAAGUUGAAACACAACACAGAUCAAAAUGACAAUGAAUACUGUAACCGUACGACCAUGCGUGUGGAUGAGCUGAGCACUCCACCGAACAAAAACGGUGGCGACAAAAAACGAAUCAAACUACCCAAGAACCGGUCACAGCUGGGAAGAGACUUUGUUGCCCCAGAUGGUGGUUGGGGCUGGAUGGUGGUACUAGCUGCAGGAUGUUCCAACCUCUGCACCUUUCCGGUGUUACAGCAGUUUGGGCUACUGUUUCGAGACCGCAUGACCGAGCUGUCGAUCAGUGCGUCUGAGGUGACAACCAUUAUCAACACUCACUCAGCACUGACCUCUAUCGUAGGCUUAGCAAAUGGGCCCAUGUUCCGUCGAUUCACCUACCGGCAGGUUGCAUUCUUCGGUGCCCUACUAGUAGGUGUUGCCGUCUCCCUCACUUCCCUAGCGGAUAGCUUCUUCGAAUACAUGAUCACCUUCGCAGUAUUGUACGGUGCCGGGGUCGGUAUUAACACCUCCGCCAACUCACUUGCGCUAAACACCUACUUCAGACAGAAGCGGCGGAUCGCCACCGGGUUCGCCUGGACACUGACCGGUCUUGGGCCGAUCAUCGCACCGCAUCUCGUGACCUUACUGCACCGUCACUUCAGUGUCAAUAAUACGAUUUUAAUCUUCGGUGGCUUCGCCAUGAAUGCGGUCGCCUUUGCCCUUCUCUACCAGCCCGUACAGUGGCACGCAAAAUCACCACAAUCAACAACCGAACCGGAUGAAGCUAAUCUACCAACCACACCUCCGCCCAGUGAACGCUGCAUCUACUGUCAAACAGCUCAGGAUCCUGAUGCGGUCCCCUUCAAUACACUGCCUAUCGAGCGCUCUGUACAGGAUCUGAUCGCGUACGAUGCCGCCGUUGACACGGGCACACCGAUGCUGUCCCGCGCAAACGAUGGGUGGUAUUCGCGCAGUUCUCUCCGCUCCCUGUACAGCUCCCGGCACAGCUUAACCACACCACGCAUUCUUUCCCAGCGCCCGUCCGUACUUAGCCUUGGCGAUACACGAGCAUUCAUCCCGCUACCGGUAAAGGACACGGCCGCACUCAAGAUCGACGAGUGUCAAACGGAAGACUGCCCAAAUGUACAGGCCGAACAUAAGCCGCUGAGGAGACCUACGGAUCCAACACCCCUGCUGCAUAAAUCGUACUUCGAAUCGAAAGACCAUCCAGUGGAGCCACUGCCCACGAACGGGUUCAGCACAGUGCCCGAGGAAAAAGAGGUUCUCAAGCAGGCGUCAAAGCGACUGGCACAGCUGGUCGAGGAUGCUCGUCCAACCAGCUGUACGUGUUCAGAAACGCUGCAAUCACUGCUGGAUGAUGCACCAGAACAGGAACUGCCACUCACGCUGCUGCAGCGUAUCGUGAUCUUCUUCGAUCUAGAUCUGUUACGCGAUCACAUCUACAUCAACAUCAUGAUCGGCAUCACGAUCGCUAACUUUGCGGAGCUGAACUUCUCCAUCCUGACACCGUUUGUCCUGUCGGACUUUGGCUGCAGCCGGGAUCAGAUUGCGAUGGCCAUGUCGAUACUGGGUGUGACGGACAUUUGUUGCCGCUGUCUGGUACCACUCAUUGCUGAUCGUAUUAAAUGGCAAAAUCGUACAUUCUUCCUCAUCGGCGUAGUAAAUAUGGCGCUUGGUAGAGUCGUUUUAGCUCACUUCCACAGUUACACAGUGGUGCUAGGUGUCGCGUGCUGGAUCGGGUUUAACAAAGGUCUGCGGACGGUAUUUAUGGCACUGGCAAUACCGUCCCAUGUUCCAUUGGAUCGACUUCCUGGAGCAACUGGGAUACAUCUGUUAUUUGCUGGUUUCUUCUACCUGUUUGUCGGUCCCAUUGUCGGAUACGUGCGGGAUGCAACCAACUACGCCAUCACACUACACUUCCUCAAUCUCGGCACGUACGCGAUGGCGAUUUGCUGGUCCUUGGAGAUGUACUACUUUACACCGCGCGAGCGACGGCGUCAAAAGGCCAAGUAUGCAGCAGAAAGCUGAGCUCCAUUCAGCUGCAAAUUUCUCUAGCAACUAAGCAAAUGUAAAUGCUUGGCAAUUUGCAUUAUCUUCCCAUCAACGCAAAAGCAGUGACUAAAGACUACAUUCGCCUCUCAUAAAACGGGCUACUGUCAUGCAAAACAUUUUGUUGUUAAAUAGUAAAAACGUUAUUAAACAGAA